GUAUUUUUGAUAUUUUUGGGUUGCUGUAAGAAAAACAUGAAGAGCUUUGUAUAAUUUUGUACAUUGUACAUUUUUCUAGCCUUGGCCAUAGUUUUUAAAGCAUGAAAUUCAAUAAUUUCAGUUAAAUUUUUAGUUUUUUCCAUCUGGCGAAUUUGCAAAAUGUGAUUAUGAUAAAUGUUUGUAAAAAUGUCAAAUUAAACGCUUAUAAAAUAUUAUGUGAGUGUAUAUUCGAUGUCUUUUAAUUAGGGGAUUGAACAAUUUAUGAAGAACCUUACACCUAUGUUCAAAAUUUUUUAGUUAAAAUUAAAAACUUGAACAAAAUAUCUAAAAUUGUUCCAAGAGAAAUCGUUAUCCGUUAUUUUACGGUAAGGGUACAUAAUACGCACUACGCGGCCAAGCGGCUGGCCAACCGCAAGUAAUAAUCCAUGUAACGACAUUACGACUUUAAAUAUGUAAAUAUCAUAUUCUAUAUGAUAUUAUUAUAUAAACAAUUUCAUUCGCACUUCGUUGCGGCUAACCGCAAAACCGUUCCGGUCGCUUGGAUCGCUGCAGCCGCCCCGACGUAUGACCGCACGGUCGGUGUGCGGUUGCGGUCCGUGCAUUCAGUAUGCGGUAAGCCGUCAGUUCUCGUUAGCGUCUUUUUCUGACGACAUUUGGAUUAUGAAGUUUGAUACAGAAACAUUUAUCACCGAAAUCAAGAAGCGACAAUCACUUUGGAACACAAAUUGCACUGGUUACUCCGACAGAAAUAUUAAACACAGAGAAUGGGAAGAAGUGGUCAAUAUUUAUGGUGCUGAGUUAUCAUCGGAAGAAAAAAAAAAACUCAGUGUGAAUCUUCAGAAAAAAUGGCGGAAUAUACGUGAUUGUUUUGUAAAAGCCCACAAAGCAAAGGAGGCCAAAAGCGGUCAUGCUGCGAAAAAAAAAUGUUCUUACAUUUUCUACGACAACCUUUUAUUUUUAAAAGAUACUGUAUCGUUUGAUUCAACAACUUUGAAUAUUACUUCAAAUGUAGAAAGUAAUAAUGCAGAUGAAGUCUUAGAAGGUCAAUAUAUAGCUACGCGUCCUUCCAAUUCCUCAAAGGAACCACAUCACACUGAAAAAAAUAAAAAUGAUGACAUUGGUAGGGAGUUAAUAGGGAUUUUAAAUAAAAAAAUAGAAUCAAACAUUCUUGGAGAAGACGAAGAUCGUCUUUUUUUCAUGUCGCUGGUAAAAGACUUUAAAAAAAUACCAGAACACUUGCGCUUACAAACAAAAUUGGAUGUUUUAAAAGUCAUUCGAGACGCUCAGGCGUUAAAUUAUCCAAAAAAAAGGGCUUGAAUACUUAGAAUAAUCCAUAUUGUGGACAAUUUGACACAGAGAAGACACCAUCUUUAUAAAAUUUCACCUAUGCAAAUCUGUACCAUUUGUUAGUGUACAGUAUACACUGUAAUGUAAUAGACUAUAGCUUAAAAUAAAUCCAAAUUUUUAAUGUACAUAAUUAUGUUAAGUCCCCACAAAUACUUUUGAAUUAUACAAAAAAAUAUAUAUUAAAAAUCCAUAUUAUCCUAUUAUACCAUAAAAAAGUGGGUAACAGUAUGCUGUAUAUUAGGUCACUAGAGACUUCACUGUAAUUGAUGUGAUAAAUUUUAAUUCAAUUAUAUAAAAUCAUUUUAUACAACAAAAAAAGAGCUAAAGAUGAUCUGUCAGCCUAUAAUAUUACUAAGUACAUUUUAUAUUAUUGUCAUAAGAGAAAUUUAUUGUAUUAUUAGACAUUACAGUACUACACUAAGUUAGAAUAAAGUAAUCUAAAGUACCAAGAAAUAGUAUUUUUAAAGUGCACCAAAAAAACUAAAAUUGUAAUUUUUUGUUUAAAUAUCUAAUGUUAUCAAAAUUUGAACUUAAAAUGUCCAUAAAAAACUGUGUUCAAUAUUUAAGUAUUUUUUUAGAAGUAUAUUCUAUAUAUUAUAUUUUUGAAAACUACUAGGUACUUUACAUGUUCACCUCUCGAAUACAGUGUACACUAACUAGAUUCACUUUCCCUCCAGAAAAUGUAUUUAAGUUACACAGUAGUACUUAUGAACUUAAGUACAUACAUAGACAAAAGAACACUCAUUAUAAAAUUGAAUAUAAAUGAGUAGGUAUGAUAAAACAUCUGUUUUGGUGUUGUACUCAUAGACCUUAUACUUUAAGAACAUUAAAAGUAGCUACAUUAUACAAAAUAAAAAAUGUCAGCAUUCAAUUAAUUCUGAACAUUAUUAAUGUAUUAAUGCAUAUGUACCUAAAUAAAAAUAAAAAUUAAUUUCUACAAUUGUUUAGAUAUAAAUUUUGUAUAUUGAUCAUGAUACCUGUAAAACCACCAGACAUUUAAAAUAUAAUGUUUGUUACUAAAUAUGACCCCUACAGUUUUCUUAUAUUGUUCAUUGAAUAAAAACCACUACUAAUAGAAAA